CAUCCCAUGGCUUCCCCUCCCCUUCUUCCGCCUCUCGCAAACCUGACAAGGAGCUUCCACUUUCGUCCAAUCCCAUUUCUGGUUUCCGUCUGCAUGCUUCCCUCUCUCUCGUCGCUCGCUUCACUGCUGCUGCUGCUUCCGUUCUCCCCGCCCCGCAUGUCCGCUGUUGCAUCACGCACACCAUUAAUUCGCUCGUCCUUUCCAACCCCAGUAGACCGAGACCCAGGUAUGCCAAAGUUAGAGACGUCGCGCGGAGCAGGAGAGCAGCUGCACGCUCGUAGCGGGGUAUCUGGCGAUCCUUUGGGCGAGCCCCUGGCUAUGGCACGAAUACUGCCGAGCGGCAGUGUCCUAUUCUCGGUGGUGGGUCGCACGCAGUACGCCUUCGAUGUCUACUCCGCCGCUCUGCCGCCCCUCUUCUUCCGCCAGUCGCUGCCCGCGUCCCCAGCUCUGCCCGCUGACACUCGCGCUCCUGCCUCCGGUGCAGACACCGCAGGCAAGGCAGCACGCGGUGCGGGCAACGGCAUGCGCGUAGAGUGCCCCGCAAGGGGAAGAGGCAAUUCUGGCAGUAAGGGGCAGCAGGGGCUGUGGGAGGGAAGACAAGAAGCGGAGGCGGGAUGCGGGAGUGGCGCAGGAAGGAACGGCGGGCCUGUGACGGUAAGCGAGUGGCGGCACACAGCGGCGAGGGGCAGCGCCAGCCACAGCGCACAGUUCACAGCGGGCGUGCGGGCCAAGAGAGAUGGCACGGGGGUAGAGGGAGGACAACAAGGGCGGCGUGCUGCGAGCAUGUCAGGGCAAGCACAGCGAGCAGAGACAGGGCGGAGAGGGAGUGCAGGGAAGUGGGCAUGGCGGUGGGCGUGCAGCCAUACAGCUGACCCACGGCGUGGCGUGGCAUGACAGGCCUGCCAUCGCUGCUGCUGGCCCCUACCUUGUCUUCGCUCGCACGCAGCCCAAUCACAGUGCACAGGGGGGGGUGGGAGGCGGAUGUGCGGGAGGGCAAGGGAGGGGAGGAGUGGCGGGGGAGGGCCAUGCAGCGUGGUUGAGUUGGAGUGCGGUGCACGUGCAGCACAUGGCGGGCAAUGACACCACCACAGCUAAGCUUCGCACUCGCCUUCUCCCCCUUGCCCUGUGCAUUCGUCGCCAGAGUCUGCUGUUUUAGUCGUGGUACGUCAGUUUGGUUGCUUCAGUGGUCACUCCCACUGCUCCAUUGCUGCUCUCUAAACCCACCCCUUUCGAGUUCCCCCCUCUUGUUUUCAACUUUUGCACAACCCCCUCUCCGCCCCCCGCUCUCCCCCUCCCCUUGUCGUCGCCCAGCACUGUGUGACACCCGCUCAUCUCUCUGACUUCUCUCCCAGUGUCUCCCCCUCGGGUCGCUGGCUUGCUGUCGCCUCUGCGCCUGCUCGCUACCGCCCGGACACAGGUGUGGGCAUGCAGCAGAGGGACCUGCUGGCGCUGCCCACCGCCAUCCAUGUGAUGCGCCUGCCGGACGGCAAGCACCGGCAGCAGGUGGUGGCGCAGGGCGGGUGGCCGGCAUGGGGGGAGGACGACUCCACGCUCCUCUUCCACCGCCUCGUGCGCGGGGGAGAGGAGGGGGGGCAUGGGGCUGGGGAAGGGGCGCAGCAGGGGGGCGCGGAGGGGUGGUUCAGUGUGCUCCAGGUGCGGCUGGACGUGCCUGGAGAUGAGGGGCAGGGGGGGCAGGGGGGUGGCAAACACGUAGAUGGCUGGAGUGGCGCAACAUCCAAAGCAGAAACCAGUGCAGGGGACGGAGAGGCAAGCAUCGGGGUGGGCAAGGAAGAGCGGCUCACCCCUUCCGGGCUGCACGCCCUCACGCCCUCCUCCGCUGCCCCAUCCCCCUGCGGCCCCUUCAUCGCCCUCACCACCCGCCGCCCCCCCUCGCCCUUCCGCCACGUGGAGCUGCUUCACCUGCCGUCCCGCCAGCUGUACAUGCUGACUCAGCACAUCAACCCGUCCGCCAAUCACUACUCACCAUCUGUGGCGCCCGACGGGUCCCGUGUGGCGUACCACCGCUGCCGGUGUGCGGCAGCGCGAGAUGCACUGGGCAAUGAGGGAGUGGGCAGCAGUGAGGGGGAGGCGGCUGAGUUGCGCAGGCAAGAGCCGCAGGCUGCUGUGUUAGAAGCACGCCCGCUCACACUCCAGCCCACAUGCAGGGACUGCGAGGGGUACUAUGUUGAGUCCAUGGCCACUCCCCUGCCGCCCUCCGCGCCCCUCUCCCUCAUCCGCGUGGCGGGCCUCUUCCCCGCGCUCUCCCCAGACGGCCGUCUGCUGGCCUUCAUCCUUGCUCUCAGCGGCGCCCAAGCCGGCGUCUAUGUGGUGCCGGCGGAUGGCAGUGCGGUGCAGAGGUGCGUGUUCAAGGGCCCGGCGUUUGGGCUGGCAUGGAGCCCCGCGGUGCCCGGGGUGCUGUACACCAGUGCGGGGCAGGGCUUUGCACCUGAGGCAGCGGAGGUACAUGUGGUGGAAGUGUCAGGGGUGGGCGCAUGGCUGUUUGGGGAUGGGCAGAAGGGCGAGGGGAAGGCACAGGCACAGGCAGAGGGAGGGGCUGGGGGGCCGGGGAAAGAGGAGGGCAGUGGUGACAGCAGCACGGGUUGUGGCGGUGCGGGUGGUGUGGCAUGGCGCUACCUCACUCUCCCCGGCAUGCGCAACAACGCCUUCCCUGCGCCGUCACCGUGUGGGCGGUGGCUUGUGUUCCGGUCGGCGCGCACGGGCCACAAGAACCUGUUCCUCAUGGGGGCGCAGCAGGGGGAGCGCGGUGGCGUGUGGCAGGUGAGCGAGGGGGCGUGGACCGACACCAUGGCGGCAUGGGACCCGUGGGGCAGGUGGAUUGUGUUCAGCUCCGAUCGGGAUAAAAGCAAGGGCUUUGCUCUCUAUGCCAUGCCAGUCGUGCUGCCUCCCCACUCCGCUGCCUCUCCUGCUGCUGCUGCUGCUGUUGCUGCUGGUGUCGGUGGUGCUGUAAGCAAGUUUGAGACUGGUGCAACGGGUGUUGGUGAUGGCGCAUCAAAUGGGCAGGAGGAGAAACGGCAGGGGACAGCAGGUCAGCAGCAGCAGGGGGUGGUGUGUCUGUGGCACAACGGGCCAUGGGGGCGGGUCAACCAUGCAGCUUUCAGUCCCGAUGGCCGCUUCCUCGUUGUCACUGCUGACGUGGCAGGCAUGUCAGCGGACCCCACAGCGUACCCCCAGCAGUUCCAGCCGUACGGAGAGAUAUUCCUGCUCGAGUUGAACCGGACCGACCAUCCGCCGCAGCCUGCAGCUGCUGCAGCUGCUGCUGCUGCUGCUGCUGUCAGCAGCAACAGCAGCGACAGUGACAACGACAGUGUCAGGAACAGCAGCAGUGACCAUGGCAGCGAGGUUGGGAAGGAUGGGAGUGCGGGGCAGUUGAGUGUGCGGCGGUGGGAGCGGCUGACGUUCAACCCGUACGAGGAUGGCACACCGUCAUGGAGCCACCACAUGGUGCACCCGGCGCCGCUGCACACGCAGAGGCACCGGGUGACAUGCGACUUCGAUGAUGUGGGAGCACUGGGAGGGGGCGUGGGCGUGUGAGUGGAGUGUUGGAAGUGUGGGCCGUCGUGUGGGUGCAGGCCGUGUGUACAUAGUCUCAUCUGCAACCAGAGGCCAUCAGGAGGGGUGUUAGUUAGGGUGACUGUUGGUGGCGUACGCUGGGACUCCGAUCCGAGUGCUUCCCUGCAUGGGAUUGUGAAUAUAUG